AUGGCUGCCAAUCUUUCAGAAGGUUUUGAUGAUAAUAAGUCAACUGGUAAUGCACCUCCCUCGUACGAGGCAACACCUCCGUCUGGAUCAUUUUCGGCUUCUGUCCAGUCAUUCAGGCUAUCAUCUUUAUUUUCCUUUCUAUUCAUCAAUCAUCAACGCACCGUGGUUCUAUCGUGUAUUCGUGAUAUCGUUCUCACCCCAAAUUUCACUCCUUCCUCCGCCAAUUCAAUUAUAAACGUCUGUGCUGCUGAUCUCACACCUAAAAGGUUCUCCAAGCUCCUACAAACACCAAAUAUCGAGGGUCACACAGCGCUAUAUUGGGCAAUCGUGAACGAGCAGCGAGAGGUCUUGUCGGCCUUCGCUGCAUUCAUUCCCGAAUGUUCGCCCGCUUGCUCUUCCAAAUUGCGUCUCGCAUGCACAAUAGCUAGCGACCAUGCAUCGUUUACGCAGCUGAAACUGGCAAACAUUGGUGCCAACAGCGAUGCUUUGAGACGCUCUUUGGGUUGUCCACCAGAUGAGCUUGUGGUGCAUGAAACUGGUAGAGUGGGCGACGACUACCUGUUCGCUGCUUCUGUCCGCAUCAGGAUGUUUCAGAAACGCCUGCGCAUCACGCACAAGUUAAAUUAUGAAUUUGCUGCAGGCGGACGUAUAUGGCGGUUUUGCUUUUAUUUAGGCUCUGACUGGAAAUGGCACAUCAUGUUUGGCCUUUCUUCGCCUAGCCUUCCGGCUCGCCCAAAAGCUUCAUUUCGGAUAGAAGACGACGGAGAACCCGGCCGCGAAUCCUUGUACCUGACAGAUAAUAAGUUCGCCGAGACGGCUGUGCCAGAUGAGUAA